AUGAGAAUUCGGCUUUUUCAACCAAUCAUAUUUUACAUUAGUAGUAUCUUAGUGAAAAAAAUAAGCUGUUCUUACAAAAAUGAGAAUAGAGAAGAGUUAAUGAAAAUAAUAAAUAAUGAAGAAAUUUAUGAGAAUUUAGGAAGUCUAGAAGACAUGAUACUACAGACUUUGAAGCAAGACAAUUUGAAGUUACCAAUCAUAAGAAACGAUGUUCAGAUAUAUUUUGAUUCAUCUAAAUUUAAAAUGAUUCCAUUUAAAGGAGCAAGUAAUGAAGAUCUUGAAUAUGUUGUUCCUACAGCAAAUGCAGAAGCAGAAGACAUAAUUAAAUAUGAACAUGCACUAAAAAUACAGAUAGCCAUGGAUUACAAAAAUGAACACUCUGAUUUAAUUAAAAAAAAAAUUUUAGUUGUAAGGACUUUAAAAAUUAUUAAAAUUAUGCAAAUACCAAUGAAUGAAUAUAAAAGAACACAUAAAUUAAAUGAAGCUUUGCGUAAGCUCAAUAAUAUAUUCAUUAAUAAAAAAGAUCCAAAAAUACAAGACGAAAUAGGUAUCCGUAUGAUUAAAAAGAAAAUUUUAGGUAAAGCAGGAUUUUCAGCUAAAAAUAUAAGAAAAAGAAUAGCAUUGAAAAUGCCAUUGGAUUUUACAAAAGACAUUUUUAAUUACAACGAUUUGCUCUUUACCUACCAGCCUGACAUUGGAUUUAUGAGAAAUCUGGAUCUCAUGGCAAAUUACUUUGACAUAGGAGUAUUUAACUACGUUGGUUCACAUUUCAUAGCCCUUGGACAUUUCCUCCUGUUGAAAUUAGCUCACAGACACUAUAAUAAAUAUUUUGAAAUUGGAAAUCUGAAAUUCCACAAUUGGCAUAGCAUCCUACAAUUCAAUCAUUCAGAUAGAUAUAAAGUUAUAGAUAUCAUGUGUGACGAAAGUAGUAUGUUUGGAGGAGACAAAAAAAGGAGAGAACUAUACUUAAAAAGUAAUAUUUCUCCAGCUACUGAAGAAUGUAUAAUUUUAGAGUUUCUAAUACAUCAUAUUAAUAAAUAUCAAAUGGAACUAUUUACAAAUGCUGCAAAGUUAAAUCUAAAUUUACAAAUGCUUCUAGAAAAUGAUCAUUUAAAGGAAAGAUAUUUUAAUUUUAUGUGCAAAAAUAAUUCUAAGGGUGUUUGUUCUAUAUAUGACAGUCCAAAAUUUAAAGAGGAAGAUCAGGAAGAGUUAUCAUUUGUAGAUAGCCAUAAUUAUACCUUUGUAACUACCAAGACAAUUGCACCUACAAAUAUUGAUCCCCAUGAUGUCUAUUUAAACUAUAUUAAUUUUAUAAAGUAUUACAACGAAUUUAAUGGAGACCAAAUUUUGUACAUUCACCUACUCAAUUUUAUUGGCCUUUUGGAUGGGCAAGCCAGUGCACAUGUCGCGUCUCUGUUCCUCCCUGGAUAUUACAACGCAAUACAAUUGGCCUACGAAGACAAUCGCCCAUUGAAGGAACUUUAUGAACACCUCAUAAAAUGUGUCGAGAUGUGCUAUACUAGGACAAAGAAAAACCAACCCCUCACUCUUAAAAUUAACUCAUUAUUUAAAAGGAAAAUGUUUGAUUCCUCUAAAUGUAAGAUAUGUGAAGGCACCCUCUUCUACAUAAACAACGAAGAGCAGAACAAUAUGUCCAUGCUGCAAAAAUACAAUGUUUACACGACGAAGAUAUUGAAAGUAAACAUUGUAAGCUCUUUGAUAAGAUGUAUGAAUAUUUUUGAAGAAUACAACAAUUUCUUAAUGCACGACUUGAACUGGUUCACGUUUCUCUUCCUCUUUAGAAUGACAUCAUAUAAAGAUAUCCCAAAUCAUAGCAUUUCCAAUGCCAUGUAUUUAGAUUUGAAAGAUGAAGACACACAUACAAAAACUAUAGUAACUUAUCAUUGGUAUCCUUCAUAUUUAAAGAAAUACAUAACGAAUAGGACAAGGGAAAAUGAGGCUGUUAAUCUGCUAGAAGAGCUGGAGAAGCUGAUAGACAAAGACAUCAUAGAAAAGAUGAAGAAAUGCAUAAAAUUUGUGAUACACGUAACUGCAGUGCUACAAAUGGAUUUCUUCUAUUACCUGAACGAGACGCCAUUAAGGCAGCAGCAUCCAUUUGGUCUUAUGAUGGAUAUAGAAGCGAAAUUUCGUGAAUGGUUCAAUAACUACCUUUAUGAUUUUUUGUUGAUAAAUUAUGAAAACCCUCAUGAAAGGUAUAACAUGCCAAAAAGAAAAAGUAAAGGAGAAUUUAUCGCACCACAAUAUAGUAAAUGGACAUUACAUUUGAAGAAAAUAAUAGAACAAGCUUUCAUUAAUCAAUUUAAUCAGAAACAUGUAAAAACACUAUUUAAACAUUAUGAUACCUACAAUAUAAAUAAUAAAAUAAUGUUACUUCGAGAUUCAUAUGAACUUUAUUUAAAAAAUUUUGAAAAUAUAUAUUUCAUUGGAGAUAUUAUGCUUUUAAGAAAAUUUUUCGGAGCAACCCCAAAAUCCAUUCUUCGAAAGCAACAAUUGCAUUACUUCGUUCAUAAUAUAUUUGGAAAUCCUUUAAAUUUUUACAAAUUUGGACUCAUAUAUGGAUAUACAUUUAACAAAGAAUAUUUGAAACAAAUUUCGGAUGCCUUGUAUGUAAUCUAUCAGAUGAAUAGAUCCAUUUUUACAGAAAUGUCUUUUUUGCAAACGGUCAGAUUGCUCUUCAGGAAAAUACAGUACGGCUUUUCUUCGCACAGGAGGAACGACGACAUAAGCAUGAACAAUAUCUUCUUCUUCAACGUGAGACCAGAUUACUCCAAACUAAAGAAGGAAAUGCGAGAGGAAGAAAUACAUUUAUCUAUGGCCUCCAGGUUUUAUGAAAAAACAAUGUACACACUAUUUCAAAUGAUGUUUGUUACACGAUUAAGUAAACAUAUUAACAAAUUGGAUAGGAAGUUUGGGGAUGCAAAAAUGCUUGGGCUAUCAGUACAUGAUGAACCCGUUCUCAAAUUUUACUACGUCUAUCAUGGUAGUAUGUUUGAUAGUAUGUUAAAUGUCUUCUUCCCUAUGUUCAUAAAAAAACCAGUAGUACAACUCAAGUAUGGAAAAACCUUUGUAUUAGCAAAUAUGUAUAAAUUGGCAUCAGAACUUUUUUCUCUUUACAAUUUAAAUAACUUGAGCCAACUGUGUGAGUAUCAAUCUCUCACAAGUGCCAAUUCUUAUGUCUUUAAUAAAAUGAUGAAAUUUAUUGAUAAAAAAUUUAUACCUAUAGUUGUUGCAGCCUUUUUUAUGAAAAUUAAUGUAGAAAUAAGUGAAGCAGCUGAGGGAAAAGGGUUUUGGGAAACAUAUUAUAAAGGUCGUUUGGAAGGAGCAAAAAUUUCACAAUAUUUUGUCUAUCUCUCCAUUUAUGGCGCUGGAAAUUUGUAUAUACGGAACUCCUUAUUUUUCCCUAAUGAAAUUUCAAAAGAACUUUCAAAACAAACAGAAGGAUUAUUAAAUAUGCCUCCCAAUGAAAAACCUAGUGUUCAUUAUAUAAAUGGAUUAGUAUUAAUGGGAGUAGUACAUUCUUUAUCAAUUUCAUUUUUUAUUUUUACAGUUAUGAGAUGGUAUGCAUUUUAUGAUAAUGUUAUUUUUAUGUUUAGAUCGACGUUCCGUAUAUUUGAUAGAUUCUACACUAUCCUGGAGACAUAUGUAAAUAGAUUUAUAAAAAAAAUGUAUAAUAAAGUUACCACAGAUGCUUUGUUAAAAUCUUUAAGACGGGCAUAUGAUAGGGCCAAAUUUGAAGGGUACUAUGAGGAGGCUAUGAAAUCCAGAAUAAGUAAUAAAGAAUUCAGUAAAAAUGAAGAAAAUGAUGAAUUUAUGGAUCCACUCUCUUUACUACGAGAAAUUGAUAUUGAAGCUAUCCAGGACAAUAGUAGUCUUUUCUACACUGAUAAUGGAUCUCUCUUCGAUGACCUGGAUGACGAUGAACAAUACUUAAACCAGAGAGAUAUUAUUUUCUAUGAAGACAUUGUUGAUCAGGCCACCGUAUGCAAUUUGGAGCCCAUCAUAAAUCCUUAG